UGCUGAACGUCAUGACUGAAAAUCGCUGAAAUCGUGUGCGGAGAGUGUUUAGGUUCCUGAAACCGUGGUUUCAUUUGGUUUUAUCGCAUUGAUAUCCAUUUAAUUUCUAAAAUUCACCGUGAAAUUCAAUUUGUGGUGUGCCUUUGCUGUCCUUCAACGCAAAUGUAUCCAUUGUAGUGUGCAUUUCAGCUGACUUUUGGCCAAAAAAUCGACGGGCGGAACAAACUGCCGUCAGGAUGACCGUCGACGCGGAAACAGCUGCAGCCACCGCUUCCGCGGCUGGUCAGUCUAAAAUCCGAUGUUUUUUCGAUAUUACGCUGGGUGGGCUGCCGGCGGGACGAAUUGUUUUUGAACUGCUUCCGGAUUUAGCGCCGAAAACUUGCGAGAACUUCCGGGCGUUGUGCACCGGUGAGAAAGGAAUUGGCCAGAAAACCGGCAAACCACUGCACUACAAGGGAAUUAUAUUUCAUCGCGUUGUGAAGGACUUUAUGAUACAAUCUGGAGACUUCUCCAAUGCCAACGGAACAGGUGGGGAAUCGAUCUACGGAGGAACGUUUGAUGAUGAAGCUUUUACUCUAAAGCAUGAUAAACCGUUUCUACUUUCCAUGGCAAACCGUGGAAAGAACACAAACGGUUCGCAGUUCUUCAUUACAACGCAACCUGCACCUCAUCUCGAUAACGUUCAUGUUAUCUUCGGACACGUAGUUUCCGGUCAUGAUUUAGUACGGCAGCUGGAACAGUUGCCGGUCGACAGAAAUUCUCGUCCACUGCAGGACGCCGUCGUUGCCAACUGUGGGGAACUAGUUCGCCAGGUGAAAGAGAAAAAAGAAAAGAAGAAAAAGAAAUCAAAAUCAAGCUCCAGCGAUGAUUCAGAAGCGGAGACAUCUAAGAAGCGAAAGAAGGAAAAGAAGAAAAAGAAGGAGAAGAAAUCCAAGAGUGAAAAAGAAGAUAAAAAUGGAAGCAUCCUUGAAGAGGGUGAAUUGAAGGACGAUGGAGAGGUUCAUCCAAUGACAACGGUGACCAAGAUUGAUCCCAAUGAAAUACCGGAAGUUUCAAAUAAAUUUCUGAUGCGAGGGGAUGGGCGAAGGCGACAGGUCGAGAGAAACAGCGACGACGAGGAGGAGGAGGAUGAUGACAGGGGCCGUGGAAGGAGACGAGAACGUGACAGAUCCCGGGAACAGCGUGGGUUUGGGUGGUCCAAGAAGCGGGUGCCAAUUUCGAAAAGUGGACGUGCCAUUAAGGGACGCGGUAAUUUCCGCUAUCGCACGCCGUCGCGCUCCCGUUCAAGAUCGCGCAGUUUUACUCCCAUCCACUGGAAGAUUGCUCAGAAACGGACGAUCAAAAUGACGGAUUUGGAGAAGAUCGAAGACGAGAAGCGCCAGCGGGAAGGUGAAAUCAAACGGCGUGAAUCGGAGCGCAAGAAGCGCCACGAAGACAUGGCCAAGGAUGCCUCGAAGAAAUCGUUCUUCGAGUUGAACCAAGAGAAGGAUCAAGGGCUGCCGGGCAAUGAAGAUGGAAGCGAGGACGAGAAAAAAGACGAACCCGAGAAGCCUAUCGAUAUGAAUGCACUGGACUACGAACAUCAGGGUGCAUAUUCCGACGAUGAAGCGGCGAAAAAUCCUCGCAAUGAAACAAUCGCUAGAGCAUUCGGGUUGGAUACCAAAAAGGCCAAUGUCGGCGAAGAGAACAAUCCAAAAGACACUAUCGAAGAAACUGAUGAAAUGGUUGAAAGCAAGAAAAGUGAAAUUGAGCACAAAAAGGACGACAAAGAACGCUUCCGUGAGAGAAAGCGAGAUGAUCGUAAGCGAGACAGCUCAAGAAGUCGUUCAAGGGAUCGUUCCAGAAGUCGAUCAAGGGAAAAACGUCGGUCGUACCGAGAUCGUUCUCCAGUGCCAUAUCGUAGAGGAGGCGGAGGUGGCCGACCGUUUGUUGGUCGUUGGAAUCAAAGGCGCGGAUUCUUUUCGCCACGUGGAAGAGGAGGGCGUUUUGAUCGCAACCGUCGUUCCCGCAGCUACGAUCGCAGACGAGAUCGUUACCGAAGGGAUCGAUCGCGAUCGCGAAGCUACGAUCGACGGAGCAGAAGCCGCUCGGAUUCUCGCCGCAGAGACAGACGCCACAGUAGUGAUUCCCGCUCUCGAUCCCGUUCCAAAAAAUCCGACCGCAAGUCAUCUCCGGAACCGCAACGAGAGAAAACUCCGGAACUCAAAGCACAGCAGGUUAAACAGGAGCCAACCGAAGAGGAAAAGGCGCGUCUACAGAAGGAGAAGAUGCUGAAGCGCGCUGAAACACUCCUUCUACUCAAGAACCACAUGGAAAAGACGAUCGAAGAACAGAGGAAAGCACGUGAGAAGCAAAAGCAAAAGGAGGAAAAGGAAAAACUCGAGGCGGCUUUGGAAAUCGCUCAACUUGAAAAACUAAAGAAAGAAACGAUUCAACAACUACAAGCGCACGACAGCAUGAAACUAGUGGCGGCGCAGAAAAUUCUGGAAACGGUGGUUUCAACAGUGAAAGCCAAAAGUUCAACCAGCACGAGCAAGAAAAAGCAACGGCGCAGGAGCACCUCUUCGAGUUCAUCAUCUUCAUCCAGUGGCGAUCGAUCGCGCAAGAAGAAGCGCGACAAGAAGAAGAAAAGUCGCCGCCGUUCGUCAUCGUCUUCGGAUUGAAGGAGUUCCACAUGAACGACAUAAAAGGUACCGUCUUUGGCAGUCUUAUAUCACUUGUGCGUAAGUUGGGUAGCAUUUAGGAAUUCGUAUUAGCUACUUUCACAACCCUCCUGUUACUUUCUACGGUAAUGUAAUAUCAUAUGAUUUGCUAUGGUAA